AUGCAGGAGAUCAGCCUCGAUGACCCCGCGCCACCGCCACCGCCACCGCCACCGCCACCGCCACCUCCAGAGCCGCCCGCCCCUGACAGCGCCAACGCCAACGAUGCCAUACCACCGCCCACCGCCACAACCCACCAACAACCGCCACCACCAGCUUCGGCCGAGGCCGAUCUCGAGCGGGCCAUGGGCGGCCCAAGCGCGCCGCCAGCCGCGGACGCUGACGCCAAGAAAUUCGAAGAAUUCGACGACUUUGACCAGAGCGCCGAUGAAGCAAAGAAGAAGAGGCUGGGGGACGAAGAGCAGGGCGAAGCCGACGAGGUCGAGCGGGUGCCCGAGCGGUGGCGGCUGGGCCAGGAGCUGGGCCUGACCAAAAUCGGUGCGCUGUUCUGGGUCAUGGUGCUGGUCAUUCCCAAUGCCUUCAUCCUGCUCCUGCUCCUGAUCCCGCUCGGCGAGCCCGAUGCGGUGUUCGACCGACACGGGGCGUGGCCGUUCAUCUUCUUCGUCAACCCGCUCAUCAUGGCCCUCGUGGCCUACCUCCAGCUCACCCCCUACUGGGGCGCACACGGCGACGAACGACCCUUCACCCUCUUCCCCGAAAAAUUGCCGAUCAUGGCGGCGGUGUACGUGUUGGAGCUGGUGGUGAUUCUGGCGCUGGUGCUGCUGUUCGACUUCUUCAGCUUCAUCGGCCUCGUGUCCCUCGGCAUCUCCUUCCUCGUCGCCUUCUUCGGGACUUGGGUAUGGCAACGACUGAAGAGAAAUGAGGCGCUGCUGGUGCUGUACCGAAAGUACAUGAAGAUUGUGACGCUGCUGUACAUUCACUUGGUCAUCUUGGCCAUCUACGUCAUCCUCUUCCGCGAACUGCCGGCCAACCUGCAGUCUGUGCUCACCUUCGCCCUCUCGAUCGUCGUCUUCAUCAACCGAAAGAUCAUGCUGUCGUUCACCGAUCCAUUUCCUAUUGAACUGGCAAUGCUCAUCUCCGGCUUCUGGAUCAACAAUGUGAGCGACAUGUUCCAAACGCUGGCCUUCCCCAAUGUGAAGGAUCCCAUCACGUUCCUCUACAUUUGGCUCAUCAACUUUGUGGGCGACGUCGCUAACCUCAUCUUCCUCACUUCUAUUUGGUUCAGGUUCCGCGUGUGGAUCAAAGCGGUGCAGUGUUUCAUCGUCAUCGUCUUCAUCUUCAUCAUCGUGCUGCAAGGCAAGUGUAGGCGGAUGCCAAAGCCAGACUUCGAGGACACCAACCCCAACGAACGCGGCCACUCCAACAACCGACCCGGUUAUCGACGGCGACAGGCGCGAUUCUACUUCUGGCGAAUCACGAGCAAGUUGGUGGCGAUCGCAUUCUACUUCACCGUGAGCCUCGUGCUGCGCUACUACGACACCAACAACCAAUACUUCAACUUUUCCAACGACCCCUACACCAUCAUCACCUCGUCCGAAGGCAAGCACCCAAAUGUGUUGUCGGGAUCCGACUACGCCAACAGCAUCAUCUACGCGUCAUGCAACUUCGUGGUGACCCUGCUCGCGGGCCUGAUGGGCUACGCGCUGCUGCGCUGGCACUGGCGCGAGGUCUUCCGGCAGCUGGCGCCCAUCGCGCGCACGCUGGCGCACAACCACACCUUCAUCGGGUUCAUCGCCGCCAUCAUCGCCCACAACGGGCUUCUGGCCAUCGUCUUCCUCCAGUACCACCAACGCAUCUGGUGGUACGACCUCUCCUUCAUCUGA